AUGCAGGCGAAGCACAUGGACGUCUGGGGCUUCGAGGAUAUCGCCUUCAACUUCGUGCUGACCGACGACGGUCAAGUGUUUGAGGGCCGCGGCUGGUGCGUGCAGGGCAGGCAUAAAGGUGGAGGUCACUUAUUUGAAAACGUAUCCAUCACCGUGGGGCUGCUGACGGACUGGUGGUACCCGUGGUACGAGGGGGACGGCCCCAAAAAGCUCGUCGCUUUGGGCCAACGCUUGGGCGCACUGCGGCGGGAGGUUACUUUUCAGACUUUUCGGAUACCCUGGCCGGAGACCUGA